AACAAGGAAAGAUGCUAGGAUCCUUUAAAUAUAUAAGGAUGUUGGGUCGCUUGACACAACCAGUUAAACCAGUAAGAUCUCAUAAAAUGGUUAUAGCUGCUGGAGUCCAGUGGUCAGAAGGGCUAUAGGCUGAUUUGUUUAAGAGCUUCCUAAGGAUGAGCCUAACUCUCAACAGUAUCGUAUCUUCUCUGCAGAGGAGUGGAACAUUUAUCAAUUCUUUAAUUGCUGCUUUGACUAUUGGUGGGCAACAACUGUUCUCCUCUUUCACGUUCAGAUGUCCCUGUCAGGUCGGGAAAAACUUCUAUUAUGGUUCUGCUUUUCUGGUCAUUCCUGCCUUGAUCCUUCUGGUGGCUGGCUAUGCUCUGAGAAGCCAGAUGUGGACCAUUUCCAGUGAAUACUGCUGCAGCUGUACCCCUCCACACCGGCAAAUCAGACCCCUGGAGCGCAAGCUGGCUUGCCUGAGGUUCUUCAGCAUCACCGGGAGGGCCCUCGUAGCUCCAUUAACGUGGCUGGCGGUGACCCUGCUGACAGGCACCUACUACGAAUGUGCAGCAAGCGAAUUCGCAUCCGUGGACCAUUACCCAGUGUUUGACAAUGUCAGUGCCAGCAAACGGGAAGAGAUCCUAGCUGGGUUUCCAUGUUGCAAAUCUGCUCCAUCUGAUGUGAUUCUCGUAAGAGAUGAGGUUGCUCUUCUGCACAGAUACCAGUCACAAAUGCUGGGCUGGAUUUUGAUCACCUUGGCAACUAUCGCUGUCCUAGUCUCCUGCUGUUUGGCGAGGUGCUGCUCUCCCCUCACCUCUCUGCAGCAUCACUACUGGACCAACCAGCUCCAUAACGAGAGGGAGCUCUUUGAACAAGCUGCAGAGCAGCACUCCCGGCUCCUCAUCAUGCAGCGCAUAAAGAAAAUAUUUGGUUUCAUUCCUGGAAAGGAAGAUAUCAAACACAUCCGUAUUCCUUCGUGUCAGGACUGGAGGGAGAUUUCAGCACCCAGUCUUCUCUGCAUGGGUGAUGACUUGCAAGGUCAUCACUAUAGCUUCCUUGGAGACAGGGUGGAUGAGGAUAAUGAGGAAAGCAAAUCAAGAGGUAUUGAAUUACAACCUUGAUUAUAGUAUCUUUCACAAUUCAGGUUGCUGAACAGGUACUUUAUUUUUGUGAUGAUGGAAUUUCAAUGUAACCUGUUCAUCUUUUUCUCUCCCUUCUGAUACUUGUUUACAUAAGUCUAGCCAAAAUCAAUUGAUCUGAUAAUUGUGCCAACCUCUUUUUGAAAUUUCCCUAAUGGUCUGGUAAUGCCUAUGUCGGUCUGAAUAAAACAACAUGGAAUUUGAAGUCAUAUCAAAAUUUGAAUCUUGAUUCUGUUAUUUAGUAGCUGUGUGAUAAUUAACUUUUUGAGUGUCAGUUUGCUAUCUGCACACAGUAGCUACAUCACAGAGCUGUUGUGGAGAUUACAUGUGAUAAUAUAAGCAAAGUGCUAGCAUAGUGCCUUUUAUAAAGUAAGUGCUGAUACAUGUUACUUUCUCCCUUUCUCUUUGCAUUCCAUGUCUUCUAUUUCACCUGUCUCUAAUUUCUGGUUGUCCUUUUUUCUACCUCUAUAUAACAUCCAGGAAUUUUUCACUGCUUCCUCCUCUUUAUUCAAGCUUAAAUAUCUGAACUUUUGGGAAUCAGGAUACAAAGCCCUUUCUAAACUGGCAGUAUGUAAAGGAGAAGCCCAUGCAAGACAGUCUUGAGUCAUCCUGUCACAACCAGGGGAAGACGAUGCAUUAUUGUAUCAUCAUUAGUAUCAUGAACGUUA